ACACCGGAAGUUGUUGUUGCCAUGGGAACUCCAGAACGCGGCGGUUUGAAAGUGUUAGCCUGGGAGAGGGAAGAUGGCGCCGCCCGCUCCGGAGCCUGUGAGGCGGGGGAGGAACGCCCGGGGCAGCCCGGAGCCUGUGACACGGAGAUCGUCCAGACUGGUUGUAAACCAGGCGGUGCUGGCGGGGAGGAACCCGGGCUCCGUUGUGCCUGUGGGGGCCUGGAUAGAACCGGCUGACUGGGGGACCGAGUCCCGGGCACUGGUGUCCGCUGAAGAAGUUGAAGAAAAACUGGUACAGUAUCAGCAGGAGAAGCAGCAGAGGUUGAUCCGCUUUCAAGGGGAGGUGAAGCGUAGGGUAAAUCAGCAUGUCAAACAGCGUAAGAGGCAACAACUGCAGAAAUCCUAUGAUGCACUCGCCAGGGAGGGCGUUAUCAUCAAACAGUCUUCUGACGCUGCCGUGCCCUUCACCCCGAAGAGGAACACUUGUAUUUACCGCAAUACGCAAGUUGCCAUUUGUUGUUCUCGCUCUGUGCCGGCACAGAAGAUCGACGGCGACUUUGAGGAGGACCGGGAGGAAAGAGAUGAAAAUGGAAAUAAGUUAUUUAGGCAGCAUAGUAAAUUGCUGAAGAAAAGCAUGCGUCAGGUGCGCGACAGGCUGGCCGCUCUGAAGACUGUGGAGAUCGAGGAGUUAACCCUGCCUGGCGGAAUCUGGAAGGUCUCCCCCACCAGAGAUAAUCCCAUCUCCCGGAAGUCCCCGAUCCUACAUAGGCCAGACGCUGAGGAUGAGGAGUCCCUACUGAGAGGACAUCAUGACCUUCCUGUAGAGCUCCUUGCUCAAGAUCCAGAGGGACAGCUACGGGAGAGAGUACACGCAGUGCCGCCUGGGAAGCCUGUAUGUCAUCGGUUGAUGAAGGAACCUUAUCCCACUGGACCGGCUCCAGCAUAUAACACAGAUUAUCAUGCUGCUCUUGUACUUCGCCCGGGCGUUGAUGAAGAGGAAAGCCGAAAGCAAAGGCAGAAUCAGUACCUCAUGUACAGAAGACUGUUUAUGGACAUUGAGAGAGAACAAGUGAAAGAAACACGAAGACAAAAGGAGCACGAAAGGAAAAUAUCCAAAAUGAAGCGGGAGCGAGAAGCCGAGCGGCAAGUGGAAGAGCAGAGAUUGUGCAGGGCUGCGCGUCCAGAUACACCGAGGAACGUGCGCGAGUUGGAGACGCUCCUGGAGACAACUGAACAACAUAGAGAGAGAAGACAGAAAACCAAAGAACACAACCGAUAUGUAGAUGCUUUGCGGGCCCAGAUGAAAGACAAGAUGACUCUGCAUAACAUUGAGCUGCCGCCGUUAUGCUGCUGUGGAACGGAUUUCUGGGACGCUCACCCCGACACCUGCGCUAAUAACUGCAUGUUUUACAAGAACCCCAAAGCGUACACUCGGGCCUUGCAGUCGGUUCUCUCGUCUCGUGACACAUGGGAUGGAAACGCUAGCUCCAGAUUCUCCGCCUGUAACAUCAGCUCGUCACGACCCCGGUCCCUCAAGUAAUCUGGACAUCCGCUCUGGAUAGGAACAAGCAUCUGUGUGCAGUUAUUUAUUGAUCAAGGACUUCUAGAGAUUGACAUUCUAGUUCUGAAUUUGAAUGAAGCCCGUCCCAUGUACAGAAUCGGAUCUGCUGUAAUUUACCAUUAAGGUUCUGAGCUGGCCACAGCCCUUCACCGCCAAGUCUUCUCUCACACCUUUGCUGAGCCUAUGUUUUUUUUAGGCUGGUCACAUUCCAGCUGCAAUAGCCGUAGCCCGUGUAUGCAGUAUCCACACCCAUUAUAUAGUGUCACAGAAAGAAAUCUAUCCAAAAUGGGUAAGAAAAUGUUUAUUAAAAUCGCACAAAAAGUGAAUUCAUAGCAAGUGUGUGUGUGGUGGGGAGGGGGGUUCUAUCUUAUUUACUACACGCCAGCAAGAAAUACAGUACCUUGUAUUCUGGCAUCAAUGCACAUUUCCGAAACACAAAUAGCAGGAUUCUACAUAUGGGCUUUCAUAAUAAAAUCCGUACUUUCAAAAAUUAA